GGUGUUUUUGGGAUCUUCAGGGGAACCCCGGAGAACAGGUGUAACUGCUUCCCCGGGAGAGGCCUCAGGGCCUGUCCUGGAAGCACGGGUGCCAGAGAGUGUUUUCGGGGGGCAGCCGUGUCCUCUCUCCCUGCGGGGUGCCCGAGAUAGCGCUAACCUGCGGGAAUCGCCCCUCGGUGAUUCUUCCUAGUAGUCUUUGUUUAGUGGCCUAGUCCUGAGAAGGGAGCACACGGGGUGGAGUGGAGUAACCUCUUCCAGGACCACAAAGCCGGGAGCCCAACCUACAAUUUAAACAUUGAGCUCUGUAGCUGCUUUGACUAGACGUGAAGUUGUCACACCCAGAGAAGCGCCCAUGGACCUAGGGAAAGAACUUUGUGAUCCAGACUUGAGGCUCGUUUACAUUUGACUUAUUCCCGUGGAAAUUCAUAAAGCGUUCUAUAUUAGCAGCUGAGUUUUAACACCUUCUCUGGACACUCGUCAUAUAGUCUAUUUUUGGCCCAACUUCUUUUGAAAGGGCCCAUUCUUUACCUCAUUUAAAUAAAUCAGAUAGGUCUUUCUUGCUUAACUCAUUAACAACUCAAUUAAUUGUAACCACGUCACAUGAAGAUUAGAUGUAAUUAGAACCUGUCCAAUGUCUUUACAUCCCAGUCCUUCUGUACUCCUAACCUUAAGCAAAUUGCUCCACCUCUGUAGGUCUAAGUAUUCUAUGUGUAACAUGAAAGCUUUGAAUUAGGCCACAUUUCCGGCUAAUUUUUAAAAAAGUGUUUGUGAUCCUGUGAAUUCCAUAACCCACCACCUUCCUUUUCCAACUCUUCACCUUUUAAAUCCACUUUCCAUCUCUCCAGAGGAAAGGGCGUUGAGAGUAGAGGGAGCAAGUCCCUUUCACUAAAGCAGCCUGGUUUGAAAAAGCCAGUAAUCUCUGAACUGUCUCUUGCUUGAACAAGAAAAACUCCCUCUGAAAUACCUUUUUCUCCUUGUGAUAGCAACAGAAACCAAGCAGCAACAGCCCUUGGAAAGAGGCUAAAUUUUUCUUGACUUCUGCAGCAACAAAGACCGUGAAAAGCUGGCACUUCUGGCCUAACGCUGCCGUCAUCCUACCCCUCACCCCAGGGCAACCCAGGCUGGACAUUUAGUGCCUCCCUCUUUACUGCUCUGUGAUCAUCCAGAUCAGCACUUGACUGUUCAUUUUCAAAUCUCACGAACCUCACCCCAAGAUCUUCACAUUCUGGAUCUCAGCUGCUCUUGAAGGACAGUGACUUGUUAACCACUGCAACAGCAGAGCCUGCCAUCCCCAACAGAUCACCAGUUGUCCCUGACAUCGUGCCCUACCUUGUCUCUUUGUGGUUUCCUAAAUGCCCAUCUCGUUGGCCUUGGUUCGGCUGGUGGUAUGGAGGGGUGCUGCCUAGCACUGACCUGAGAGUGUGUGUGACCCACUGACCCAAUGGACAUCAAAGGCCAGUUCUGGAAUGAUGACGACUCGGAGGGAGAUAAUGAAUCAGAGGAAUUUCUCUAUGGAGUUCAGGGGAGCUGUGCAGCUGACCUGUAUCGACACCCACAGCUUGAUGCAGACAUUGAAGCCGUGAAGGAGAUCUACAGUGAGAACUCUGUAUCCAUCAGAGAAUAUGGAACUAUCGAUGACGUGGACAUUGACCUCCACAUCAACAUCAGCUUCCUCGAUGAGGAAGUCUCUACAGCCUGGAAGGUCCUCCGGACAGAACCUAUUGUGUUGAGGCUGCGAUUUUCUCUCUCCCAGUACCUAGAUGGACCAGAACCAUCAAUUGAGGUUUUCCAGCCAUCAAAUAAGGAAGGAUUUGGGCUGGGUCUUCAGUUGAAAAAGAUCCUGGGUAUGUUUACAUCCCAACAAUGGAAACAUCUGAGCAACGAUUUCUUGAAGACCCAGCAGGAGAAGAGGCACAGUUGGUUCAAGGCAAGUGGUACCAUCAAGAAGUUCCGAGCUGGCCUCAGCAUCUUUUCACCCAUCCCCAAGUCUCCCAGUUUCCCUAUCAUACAGGACUCCAUGCUGAAAGGCAAACUAGGUGUACCAGAGCUUCGGGUUGGGCGCCUCAUGAAUCGUUCCAUCUCCUGUACCAUGAAGAACCCCAAAGUGGAAGUGUUUGGCUACCCUCCCAGCCCCCAGGUCAGUGGUCACUGCAAGAACAUUCCCACUCUGGAGUAUGGAUUCCUCGUUCAGAUCAUGAAGUAUGCAGAACAGAGGAUUCCAACAUUGAAUGAGUACUGUGUGGUGUGUGAUGAGCAGCAUGUCUUCCAAAAUGGAUCUAUGCUGAAGCCAGCUGUCUGUACUCGUGAACUAUGCGUCUUCUCCUUCUACACACUGGGUGUCAUGUCUGGAGCUGCAGAGGAGGUGGCCACUGGAGCAGAGGUGGUGGAUCUGCUGGUGGCCAUGUGUAGGGCAGCUUUAGAGUCCCCUAGAAAGAGCAUCAUCUUUGAGCCUUAUCCCUCUGUGGUGGACCCCACUGAUCCCAAGACUCUGGCCUUUAACCCUAAGAAGAAGAAUUAUGAGCGGCUUCAGAAAGCUCUGGAUAGUGUGAUGUCUAUUCGGGAGAUGACCCAGGGCUCAUAUUUGGAAAUCAAGAAACAGAUGGACAAGUUGGAUCCCCUGGCCCAUCCUCUCCUGCAGUGGAUCAUCUCUAGCAACAGGUCACACAUUGUCAAACUACCUCUCAGCAGGCAGCUGAAGUUCAUGCACACCUCACACCAGUUCCUCCUGCUGAGCAGCCCUCCUGCCAAGGAGGCUCGGUUCCGGACCGCCAAGAAGCUCUAUGGCAGCACCUUUGCCUUCCAUGGGUCCCACAUUGAGAACUGGCAUUCGAUCCUGCGCAAUGGGCUGGUCAAUGCAUCCUACACCAAACUGCAGCUGCAUGGAGCAGCCUAUGGCAAAGGCAUCUACCUGAGCCCCAUCUCCAGUAUUUCCUUUGGAUACUCAGGAAUGGGAAAAGGACAGCACAGGAUGCCCUCCAAGGAUGAGCUGGUCCAGAGAUACAACAGGAUGAAUACCAUCCCCCAGACCCGAUCCAUUCAGUCAAGGUUCCUGCAGAGUCGGAAUCUAAACUGUAUAGCACUUUGUGAAGUGAUUACAUCUAAGGACCUCCAGAAGCAUGGGAACAUCUGGGUGUGCCCUGUAUCCGACCAUGUCUGCACAAGGUUCUUCUUUGUAUAUGAGGAUGGUCAGGUGGGCGAUGCCAACAUUAAUACUCAGGACCCCAAGAUACAGAAGGAAAUCAUGCGUGUGAUCGGAACUCAGGUUUACACAAACUGAGGGGGCCCCAGCCCUCGUACCACCCCUGUUACCCCAGGAUCCAUCUGCCCUCAUAAAAGUGUUCAGGUACAGCAGCUGAGGCUGCCCUGAGGAAUCAAGGGGCCAUUACCAAGGGGCAGGAAAAGGAUAUGUAAGAGGUGGCCUUCAUGGUGGAGCCUGACCCAAGAACUACUCCACAUUUGGAUGGCCCAGACUGACUCCAUCCCCGACUUUCCCUUUGACUUCACCCUGUUUGUAAAUAAAACAAUAAAAUGGAAGGUGCUGUGGACUGGA